UACGAGUGCAUGUACGGAGGUUUAAAAGUAGAUCUCCAGCAGCAGUACGAUAACUGCAUAGCUACAAGACAACCAAACAGAAGACCUCCUGCAUAGAUACAACAGCCAACCAGAGGAUCCCCCACAUAGCCACAAUGUUCACCAUAGACCACCUGCUAGGAAAGGACAAGAUGACACCAGUUGCAAGGAGAGAUGCAUCAGUGUCGUCAGUCAGGGGCAGGAAGCGCAGCUGCUGUGAUGAGAGAGACAGUGGCAUUGAGUGUGACUGGUCAGAGGAGCCAGCAUCUCCUGCCAAGAGCUGCAAGAGUGAUGAUGAUCUAUCCUUGGAUACUAGUGACUUAAAGGAAGGAAGAAGCAAGAGAACCAGAACUACUUUCACACAGUUCCAGUUGGAUGAAUUAGAGCUGAUAUUCCGACAGACACACUAUCCAGACGUCCUCCUCCGAGAGAAGCUGGCUAUGAGAAUUGGACUACCUGAGUCAAGAGUGCAAGUGUGGUUCCAGAACAGACGUGCCAAAUGGAGAAAGAGGGAGAAAAUCAUGGCUACAUCAGACACCAAAACACCACUCAGAAACUACCCUAUUUCAUCGCCACAAGAGUUUCUCCAGUUGUUCCCCCCUCUGACACCAUGGAGACUCCCGCACAUGGCAGGACCUCCAUACAGCUUCCUACCAGCCCAUGCAGGAGGACUAACCAUACCCACUCCAGCUACCUACAAUGCAGCUGCAGCAUGGCUACAGCCUCAGGCCGCCCUCACGCUGGGGCAGCUGCAGUUACUAGGCAGUAGAAUCUCAACGGCAGAAACUUUUAUCACCGGACAGUCGGUAGUCAAAAUUAAACCCCAACAAUCUUAACUAGUGUGUUAUUUCAUAUACCCAGAUCAUUAGUGCAAGAGAUGGCUGGUCUGUCUCAUUCAUCAUAACAUUCAUUUUUUAUCACAUUUUUUUCUACUGUACGAUAAUGUAUAAUGAAAAUUAAAAUGCU